AUGAGUAAUGCCUUUAAUGAAGCACAAACGAUACAAACAGAGCCGUUGGAUUUAUCGGUGCGGAAAGUGGAUGAGGAACGAAUACAAUUACAGAAUUUAUCAAUCGAUGAAACGAAUAAAGGUCAGACGGAAUGUUUCCCUCAAUCAUCACAAUUGAGCGUUCAUGGGAAGACGCAUACCGGUAAAAAACCACAUAGUUGUACGGUAUGCGGAAAAAAUUUCGUUAAAUCAUGGAAUAUGAUCGUACAUAAUAGAACUCAUACCGGUGAAAAGCCGUAUAGUUGCACAAUAUGCAAUCAAAGCUUCUCUCAGUCAUCGAAUUUGAAUGUGCAUAGGAGGACGCAUACCGGUGAAAAGCCGUACAGCUGUACGAUAUGCAAUCAAAGUUUCUCUCAAUCAUCGGAUUUGGGCAGACAUAACAAAAUUCAUACCGGUGAAAAGCAGUACAAUUGUACGGUAUGCGGGAAAAGUUUCGUUAAAUCAUCGGAUUUAAGAAGACAUAAUAGAACUCAUACGGGUGAAAAACCGUACAAUUGUAGGAUAUGCAGUCAAAAUUUCUCUCAGUUAUCGCAUUUGGGAGGUCAUGUUAAAAUACAUAAGGGCGAAAAGCCACAUCGUUGUUCGAUAUGCAGGAAGCCUUUCGAUCGAAAUGAUAGUUUGAAAAGGCACAUGAAAACUCAUAACAAUAUGCUUUUUAAUUGA